AUGGUGUUGCUCGUGGGCAACAAUUAUAACGAACACGUUAAAGUGUUAAAGUGCACGAACACGAGCAAACCAAGAAUUAUAUCACUGUACACACAAUUAACAUCUUUUAUGAAAUUAGCAAAUGAAACUGUCGCCGAUUAUUUAAUACGAGCUGAGACAGCUGCAACAGCCUUAAAGAAUGCGGGUGAAAUUGUGAGCGAUGGAUUAUUGAUAGCUAUGGUACGAAAGGGACUUCCAGAAUCGUUCAAACCUUUCUCUGUGUUUGUUACCCAUAGCGAGACUAAACAAUCAUUUAGUGAAUUUAAGCAAGGGUUACGUAGUUUUGAAGAAAGUGAACGAGCCCGAGACGAUCAUCGUGGUGAAGAUUCGAUCUUCAAGUUUGAUACCAAGAAAUUCAGUCAUGAUAAUCACGGAAAAGAGAAGAAAAAGUAUUACUCAUGUGGAAAACGGGGACAUUUCGCUAGACAGUUCCCAAAAAAAGGAAAACCGAAAAAGAUGUGGUGCAAAACAUGUCAAAGUUCAACCCACGAUGAAAUUAAAGUAGAAGAAAAUGUUAAAGAUAAGAGAUUUCAAGAUAUGUUAUUGGUUGAUUGUGGAGCAACAUCCCACAUUAUCACUGACGAAUCCAAGUUUACAAGCUUCGACGAUGCAUUCAAACCCAAUUCACAUUACAUUCAGUUGGCAGAUGGCACAAAGUCAAACAAUGUGGCACUAAAGUGGGGUAAUGUAAGCAUACACAUAAUUGAUUCCACAGGGAAAUGUACAGCUGUAUCUUUGAAGAAAGCACUGUACAUGCCUUCCUAUCCACAAGUUAUAUUUUCUGUGCAAGCUGCAACCGAGAAAGGAGCAAGUGUUGAAUUCCACCCACAGUCAGCAGAAUUAAAGAGCACUGAUGGCGCUAAGUUUAACAUAGAGAAACAUGGACAUUGUAACUAUGAGGACAAAUGGAAGUUGCAACAUGUCGCUGAUGGUAUAAAGAUCAGUGGUAGCAGAACUGCCAAACCAGAUUGUGAAACUUGUCUUCAGGGAAAGAUGACUCAAAGUAGAAAUAGAAAUCCUGACAUUCGAUCAAAGAACCCUUUGGAACUUAUACACACCGAUCUUGCUGGUCCUAUAGAUCCUGCUUUAAAGGAAGGAUUCAAAUACGCUAUAUCCUUUACAGAUGAUUAUUAA